AUGGCACCGCCGCACUUCCGCUCGGAGCAGAGCAAGCGCCACUGGUACUGCAAGAGCUGCGUCGGGCCCAAGGGCCUCCCGUGGUUCAACUACGCCGGCGCGACGUCCUGCACCAUGUGCAAGCUGGGCAAAAGGCUCUGCUUCAAAGAGUACCGCGCCCCCUCGUCGCCCUCGCUGCGCAGGCCUGGGAGGUCUUUCUCGGCAUGGGCAGACUCCGUGCAGGUGCAGAAGCUCAAGCAGGAAUUGGCUUCGACCCAGGCGAAGUUCAAGAGGCUGGACGGCAAGCGCCCCGCCUCUGAGGAGACGGACGCACCCAGCGGUAGCGAGCGGGACAAGCAGCGGCUGCAGGUCCUGGCCGAGUUGCUCAAGACGGUCAGCGGCAGUGAGGACGUCCAUCUCGUGCGGGCCAAGGAGGCUUACACCAAAGAGCAGGGCGAGCUCAAGGCCAAGUUGGCAGCCGCACGGCCGAUGGGCCAAAGGCUGCGAGACCUUGGGACCCAGAUCUCCAAGCACCAGAAGCUGCAGGACGAUCAGCAGCGGCGGCUCGCUGGCAUCCAUGAGAAGCUCGCGGUCUUGCAGGAGCAGGAGAAGGCGGCGCAAGCCCAGUGCACGGCCCUGGCCCUGCAAAUGGAGGAGUUGCAGGAGCAGCAGCGGCAGCUGCAGAGCGAGGCCCCCGUGCCACUGGCCUUCGAGGUUGGGAAGGGACCUGUUGACGAGCCGAUCAAACGGCUGGGCCAGACUCUGUCAGGCCUUGGCGAGGUGCUGGGCGUCCUCGGCGCCGAGCACAGCCUGGCGGAGAGGCUCAAGGAGGACCUUGAACGGCUCAAGCAGGAGGCGGAAGAGGCGCGCACCAAGCAGCAGGAGGAGCGAGAGGCCAACGCCGCAGCCGAGGCGGAGCGGCAGCGGGCCGAAGGCGCGGCAGAGGUGCCAGUACCCAUGGACCAGGAUGAGGACGCCGCCCCCAGCGAGGAGCUCAUCGAGGAGAUGGCCAACGCUGGCGGCGACAAGAGGAAGAUCGAAGAUAUCCUGGCCAAGCACUGGUGUAAGCUGUUCUGGGUUUUGUGCUCCAUCGUCUGCACCAUGGCUAAGCCCACUGGCAUCGCCACACUCAACGUCUCGGCAGGUGGCCCGCUCGUCGACUACCUGGCCUCAUGCUCCAGCAUGUGCAUCGCCGUGCAGGAGCACCACGCGCUGCCCGCGGGCCUGGCCAAGGCCCAGCAGGACGCCCUGGCCGAGGGCUUCCAUGGGGUCUGGGAGGCAGCACUCCCAGGGCUCGGUGCUGGUAGCAAAGGCGGAGUCGCCGUGCUUGUGCCUCGGCGCGUGCUCAUCACGGCGCCCCCAGCCCUGGAAGGGCCAACGCUAGAGCCAGGGAGGAUGGUGGCCGCCCAUGUCAACUGUGGCGGCAAGCGAGGCUUCUUCAUGAUCUCCGUGUACUUGAGAGUUGACGAGCAGAUGUCGCAUGAGAAACUGGCCAUUCUCUUCAGGCUCUAUCAGUAUCUCAAGGUGGUGGACUCGAUGCAGAUGCCGUGGGUUGUGGGAGGAGACUUCAACAUGGAGCUGAAGCAGUUGGGCACGUUAGCGUGGCUUCACUCCGUCAAUGGUGUCGCGCUGGUGCCCUCGGCGCCCACCUGCCUGCAGUCGCUCCCAGGCCGCGCCAUUGACUUCUUCUUCGCGGCAGCACAGCUGUUCCCAGGUUGA